CCAUUUCAGUACUUGGAGAAAAGAUUUUCGAGACCAGUGCGGAUAAUUGGUAGCGUCGUGUUUCAAGUGCAGAUGACUCUGUAUAUGGGCGUGGUUCUCUAUGCUCCUGCCAUAGCUCUUAAUCAAGUGAUGGGAAUAGACAUUCUGAUAUCUAUAUUACUGAUUGGUGCAAUUUGUACUUUCUACACAGCCAUAGGUGGACUAAAGGCAGUAAUGUGGACAGACGCCUUUCAAAUGAUAAUCGUGUUUGCUGGUGUCGUUGCUGUCGUCUGGAAGGGGACAACUGAAAUGGGAGGAUUUGAUGUUGUCUGGCAACUUGCUAAGAAUGGUAGCAAACUACAAGCUGAUAAUUUUGACCCAAGUCCAUUUGAGAGACAUACAUUUUGGACGCUGGUUAUUGGUGGGUUUGUGACAUCUAUGACUAUAUACGGCUCUAACCAGGCUAUGAUACAAAGAUAUCUCAGCAUGGAAACCAGGAAAAAAGCCCAGACGGCUUUAUAUUUACAACUACCAGCAAGUAUUAUAUUUACGUCAUUGUUGGUGUAUGCAGGACUAGUAUUGUUUGCCCGUUACCAUGACAACGACCCUCUUCAGAGCUGUCUAAUUAACAAACGUGACCAGUUGAUUCCAUGGUUAGUUAUGGACAUAUUAGGACAGUUCCAUGGUUUUCCUGGUCUAAUGGUUGCUUGUAUCUUUAGUGCAUCACUAAGUACAGUCUCAUCGGGAGUUAACGCCCUUGCCUUGACAUUCCUCACUGAUAUUAUAAAACCUAUAUAUAGACGUACACAAGGAGAAAAGAUGCCAGAACGUCUGUCAACAAUACUGUCAAAAGUUUUUGCUAUAUGUUUUGGAGUGGUGACUGUUGUUCUAGCAUUUCUGGCCCAGUAUUUUGGCAGCCUUAUUCUUCAAGUCGCUCUCAGUAUCUUUGGUAUGGUUGGUGGUCCAUUACUCGGCUUGUUUGUGUGCGCUCUCUUCUUUCCUAUCAUUAACUCGUGGGGUGCGGGAGCAGGAAUUAUAUCCAGUCUUGCCGUUACAUCUUGGAUUGCUAUUAGUUCAAUUAUGUAUCGCUCUAGUCACGUGCCUCCAAGACACUGCCCGGAACUGGGAUUCAUGAAUGGUUCAGAGAUAACAACUACGCAUGCGUUACCGACGACUGGUUCCACAUUCAAUAAUUCUUCAUAUUUUACAGAAUCAUUAGAAUUAAGUGGUAUAGAACAGUUGUAUCAUCUGUCGUAUAUGUGGUAUAGUUCCCUGGCUGUUGUCACUACAGUUGUUGUUGCACUGGUUGUCAGCUGUGCUACAGGUGGCAAUAAGGGUAGGCCUGUAGACAGACAUUUGUUAUCCCCCUGGUACUUGGUUCUCCAUGAUCUAGCUCAAGUUAGUUCCAGUCGACCAAAAUUUGGUAAGGAGGAGGCCAGUGAUACAACCUCCAACAUAGAGAUGAGUGCAAGAAAUGUAGGGACAAAAGAAAACGGAGUACAUCCUUUAUUGACUGAUACAAAUGUACAUUGGAAGGGAGUUGAAUUUUAA